AUCAAACUGAAAGUAAUAUCACACUGAUAUACUGAAAGCGCUAAAGGAAACGGUGCGACAGUAUAAGAGGUUUAGCAUUGUCGUUACAGAUACUAAAACAACACCGAACGACAGAGAGAUGAGCCGAAUUCAGGAAGAAGUAGAGUUGGAAAAAAGUGUGAGGCGACUGAGAGAGAGGUUUCAUGGACUUGUUGAAAUUGACAAGGCUGUAGUGCUCAUGAGACGCUAUGAAAACAAUCAUCGUAUGGUUGCAAUGUGUAUCGCCCUGAUGGAAGACAAUGAGAGGGAGCUGGACGAGGAAGACAUGUCAGCUUUGAAUAAUGACCCUGUAGCUAAGAACGUGGUUAUGAAACUCAGAGCUGAUGAAAAACAACAGGAAGAAAAACCUGCCCAGCCACCUGGAUCCAGUGGUGCCAGUCAACCAGCACACGUAACGGCCAAGAAAAAGCCCAAUGAUGACACUGAUAUAGCGGAGCUCAGGACGCGUCUACGAGUUCUGCCGUUAACAGAGGAGAACAAACGAAUGUUUGACCAGGCUCAGGCAAACCAAAUCCCUUCUGUCAUUCAUCAGUUUGCCUGCGAGUCAUGUGACAGGGACUGGUGGCGACGUGUGCCUCAGAGGAAAAGGGUGUCACGUUGUCAUCGAUGCAAAAAGAAGUAUGACCCUGUGCCAGCCAACAAAAUGUGGGGUUGGGCAGAGUUUACCUGCCCAAACUGCUUACGGAACUUCAAUGGCUUUGGUCGAAUGGAUGGACGUUCCCCAUGUUACGGCUGUCGCUCAGCCAUUUACCCCACAAAGAUUAUACCACCCAGGAAGAGAAGCACGGUGCCUGGGCCUAGAAGAAGAAAUCAGCACAGCUGUCUUGCUGAAGACUGUUAUAAUCGAAUGGAGCCCCAUGUUCCUGGUACCGAAUGCGUUCACCCACAUAGCAGACAGAAGAACAGGAAGCCACGUGUGGUUUACCCCAGCCCCGCUCACAUCAGCAGCGGAUCCACUGUCAACACCUGUCUGAGUCAGGGCAGUCUGAUAGAGAGCAUCAACGAGCUCAUUCUAGAUGACAUCGAAGAAGAGUCUGAUGAAGAUUCUGACAGCAGCACCUGAGGCAGCAGCUUCAGCUCUUGCUUUGAAUGAAACAUUAUAUAAUUUUUGAUGUAAUUUCAAAUAAUUCACUCAAAGUAACAAAUGUAUUGAGGCCUAAGAAGCCCUAAUGAAAUAUGCAAUGCACUGCAAGCUGUAUGAACACAGUGCAACACACACCAAACACAGAAUACAGAUACAAUUAAGGAUCAAUUAGCACACACCCUGAGUGUGUGUGUAUGAGAGAGCGAGCAUUUGAGGUGAUAUGAAACUAUAAUGCUGUCAACAAACCUGGAAAUGCUUAAUAGUUGCCAGGCAUUCAGCAGCACUGUGAUACGAGGUUUAUUACAGAGCUGAUGUAAACAGACGAAUCCAGGCAGUAAUUCCUUUCCUUAUUCUAUGAAUUAUGUUAUAUUGUUGGUUGGUAAUUUUUUUGCAUAUAUAAAUUAUAUUUCCCCCUCACAUGAUCACGUAAUGAUUAUUUGUGUGUCAUUGUUAUGGUCUUAUCAAUGGAUUCAUAAGCCACACACAAAUAAUCAUCUGUAACACAAUACAAUAACAGUUCAAUAACAAUACAAUAACAGUGUACAAUAACAGUUCAUUUGAUGCCUUAUUGAUCUUAGGUAAGAUUAAUCUCACUAUUUAUACUGGUUUAAAUUCAGAAGUUCUAUCUGUUAACAUUUCUUAACGCACUGUGAUCUCAAAUAUUAAAAUUAACAUUUUAACAUUAGCAAAGGAUUGUAAAUGAUGUAAAAAUAUUGUUACUGAAUGUUAGUUAACUAAUGUUAACAAAGAAGACCAUAUUGUAAAGUGGUCCCUAGUCUUCAAAUAAAAAAAACAGACUUGCUGUUAUGUCAGCCUUACAAAACAAGCCGUCCAUACAUACAUAUGGCGAACACAAGGCGAACUCUAAUAUUUCCCAAAUGAAAACUUCAGGGACAUGUGCAGAGGAAAUUAUGCCCAAAGACAAACAAUGUGUUAAACCUUCUAAUAAUGUGUCAAAAUAAAAAUGAUCUGGAAUAAACAUGGAUUUGAGCGCA